GCUGCUUUCCAUACGGGGCGGGGUGCCGCGCAAUCCGGCGCAGAGCGCACCGUCACCAGCUGCUCUCCCUGCGCCUCUGCCCGUCUAACUGAACAACAUGGGUCUGGAAAAGGAGAAAUCGGACACCAGUAUAAUUAUGGACGAAGACGAGUUCAACAGAUCGAUAGAACCCAUUCUCUUGAAGAAGGGGAAGGUGUAUACAGCGGCUCCGGACCGAGAUCCAAACGAUAUCAACGCGCACUUGAAGGUUGGGUUUGGGGAUGUCAUUGCGGAGCCCAUCUCCACACACAGCUUCGACAGAGUGUGGAUAGGAAGCCACGCCGUGUUUGAGCUGGUUAAAUUCAUCUUUUACCGUCUGCUGACCACGCUGUUGGCCGUGCCCAUGGCUUUUAUCCUCGGAGUGGUCUUCGGAGUGCUCAGCUGCAUCCACAUUUGGUUGGUGAUGCCGGUGAUCCAGAGCUUCAUGAUGCUCUUACCAUCAGUACAGGUGGUAUGGAGGAGUCUGACUGACAUGUUCAUAACACCGCUCUUCCACAGUAUGGGAAACAGCCUGUCCUCCAUUCAAGUGAAAACUACCAACAACUGAUGCAUGAAAUGUAGGACAGAUUAAAAGAAAAAGUGUGAAUGAUGCUUGCAGUGGAAUACAUGAGCUCUUUAUAAAGUAAAAUUUGAAAUCAUGAAGAAUCCUGCACAAAUGACCAAUAACUAUGAAUAAAAAAUAGGCUUACUAAUUAAUAAGCCUGCAUUUGAUCAUUUAAAGCUAGAUAUAUUUGGGGACAUCUGUUACAAAUAAUCAAAUCUAUUUCAUGGUUUGGUUAGGACCUGAUAUAUUGAAGUAUAGUCAUUAAAUAGUCAUACUAUUUGGGAUUUUCUGAAAAGCUCAUGUGCACCACCUACAAUGAAUUUGUUUUGCUGAUUGUGACCAAAAGAAUUUCUUGUCAUUCCAUUACAUUGUGGCUGAGAGAGCAGUGUAACAUUGUUAUUAAGACCAACUUAACUCCUGACUUGCAGAGAUGUAAUAUUUUAGCAUUUUUUAUAUAUUGUAUAUAUUGCAAAAUUAUUUAGCUCAAAGUUAAAUUAAAUGAACUGA